AUGACUGAGCACAAAAUGCAACAGACGGCUAUAUUGCUCAGCACAUGUAAAAAAUCAAUCCAUAAAAUCCAGCAAUUUGUGAAAUCCUAUAAUGCAAGUAGUGAUUUUGUGAAAAUAGACUCUCGAAUAGAACGGCUUGGUUAUCUAUUCAAUAAGUACAACGAAACUUCUGUUCAAGCUGAGUUGUUCACAGGGGCUGAGUCUAACGUGAAUUUCUCGAAAGAUAGGGAAGAUAUAGAAGAACUUUUCUAUCACAUCCAAGAUGCGCUUAUUCUUCGAAAAGCAUCUCCACCCGAAGAAGAAGAAACUGUCAAGUCUCCACAGUCCAGCAUGUCGAUGGUUAGACUCCCCAAGCUAGAUUUGCCUACGUUCGAUGGCGAUAUGGAAAAUUGGAUUCCGUUUCGCGACUCGUAUAAGAACCUCAUCCACGAUAAGAAGAACCUCGCCUCAGUGGAUAAGUUUCAUUAUUUGUUGGCCGCCUUGAAAGAACCGGUCAAAAAACUCCUCGAUACGAUCAGUGUAACCGAGAAAAAUUACGAUAUCGCAUGGAAUCUACUCGUGUCUAGAUUCGAUAAUAAACGCCUGUUAAUAAAAAAUCAUAUCGCGGCUCUUUUUUCUAUGGAGUCGGUAAAAAGGGAAUCAUCAUCUGCGAUCCUUUCAAUUGUGGAUCAUUUCGAGCGCCACGUCAAGAUCCUAAACACGUUGGGAGAAAAUACUGGGGAAUGGAGUUCACUUUUAGUGCAUCUAGUUUGCAGUCGUCUAGAUAGCAACACGCUGAGGGAAUGGGAACGUAAAACUGCUGGUGAAGUAGAAUCUCCAUCGUACGUCGACCUAAUUGAAUUCCUACAAGAACAAGCCCGAAUGUUACUUUCCCUGAAAGGUGGAUCUACUGUGAUCAACACUAGCAAAGACAAACCCCGAUACUCUUCUUCCCAUUCUGCUGUGUCAGCAUCCUAUUCUUCCAAAAAAACUUGCGUCGUUUGCAAUCUGCAGCACAAAAUUUACGAUUGCGAAGCGUUUAAAGUUAUGACCUUGGAACAGAAGCAUGAUGUCGUUCGCAAAAAUAAACUUUGUUGGAACUGCUUGGCCACUUCUCACAUGAGUCGAGAGUGCCAAUCCAAAAAUUGCCGAAAAUGUGGGGAUAGACAUCACACGUACCUACACCCGUCGUCUCGCGCUGAUCUUUCUACGCCAUCUCAAACAAAGACAACUUUUUUCCCGCCAAAAUCCAAAAAUGCUCCAUCUGAGAACAACUCUCCCACAAAUGCUCCAGAAAAAACUCGCUAUCCGAUCACCUCUCCUAACCUGCACUUGUCACCAACCCCACCCGAUUCAACACCCAGUACAUCAACCGCUAUGGUAGCUGCACAUUCUACGGGCACGAGAUCCACAGUUUUGCUGUCAACAGCGGUCGUUUUGGUUUAUGGCCCAAUCGGACCAACGAAGGUCCGAGCUUUAUUGGAUUCGGGAUCGGAGCUGAAUUUUAUAACGGAACGAGUUGUCCAGUUAUUGAAACUAACAAAAAAUAGAGCACAGAUGCACAUUUCGGGAAUGGGGGGAGCCUCUGUCACAAGUCGUUACUCCACCGUCGCAACUAUUUGCUCCAGCGAUCACUCAUAUCGCUGUGAUCUCUCCUUCCAAAUUUUGCCUAAGAUUACUGGUAAUCUCCCAGCUACUGUUGUAGAUACAUCAGAACUGCAAAUCCCACCGGAACUCAACCUAGCGGACCCCUCCUUUGCCCUACCUCAUCGUAUCGAUAUGGUUAUAGGUGCUCAAUUAUUCUUCUCACUCCUUUGUGAUGGACAGCGAUACAUCUCCAACCACUCAGAGGGAUUGAGACCUAUUCUACAAAACACAGUAUUGGGCUGGGUAGUGAGCGGACCGGUACCAAUAGCAUCGAAUUCAUCUCACUCUGCGUCUGUUGCCCUUACAUGCACCACCGACGAUCUAGACUUCCAAUUGUCACGCUUUUGGGAGAUUGAGCACUGUCCUGAAGCUCGCAGCUUUUCGAAGGAGGAAUUAGCCUGCGAGAAACUUUUCUCCGACACCACCACACGAGAUGAACUUGGUCGAUUUGUUGUUCGUCUACCCACCAAGCCUGAGAUGUUGAGUCAACUGGGCGACUCAGCCACAACAGCUUUGAAACGAUACCACUGGAUGCAGCGUCGGCUCUUGAGAGAUCCGAACUUACAAGACCAAUAUUCACAGUUCAUGCUGACUUACGGCACUGCUUGUGCACCCUAUCUUUCAACCCACUGUUUAAAGCAAUUGGCAUAUGAUCACAUGAUGAUUAACAAACACGUAGCCUCUAAAAUAAGCACCGACUUUUAUAUGGAUGAUCUUAUCAGUGGGGAUCAAACAGAUGACGCAGCAAUUAAUCUCCGCUCAGAAGUCCAGGGCAUUCUGAGAUCAGCAGGUUUUGAGUUGAGAAAAUGGGCAUCAAAUUCCCCGGCAGUCCUAGCAAGUAUCCCCGAAGCUUUGAGAGAUGACCGUUUAUUUCUCGACUUAGACAGCUCCCCCUCAAUAAAAACUCUUGGACUCAUCUGGCAGCCCAAAUCCGAUUCGUUCCACUUCAAAUCACCAGAUCUCAUUCAAAGUCAGCAACUCACUAAGAGAAUUGUUGUCUCUGAGAUGGCCCAGCUAUUUGAUCCGCUCGGAAUUCUUGGACCUGUCGUCGUAAAAGCAAAAAUUUUCGUGCAGCAGUUAUGGAGAGCAAACCUUUCUUGGGAUGAUCCGCUCCCACCCAACUUGAGUGGCGCCUGGGAGUCAUAUAGGUCGGACCUUUCAACAGUACACUUGUUCAGUGUUCCUCGACGUGUUCUGGCUAACAACAGAGCAGGCGAAAUCCAACUUCACGGAUUUUGCGACGCAUCUCAGCACGCAUAUGGGGCGUGCAUCUACUUACGAAGCUCAACUGAAGACGGCAACAUCAUUACCCACCUUCUUACCGCUAAAUUCCGAGUUGCGCCUAUCCAACAAUCCACAAUCCCUCGGCUGGAAUUAUGUUCAGCAGUUUUGUUAGGCCAUCUGUAUACAAAUGUUAUUUCUUCCUUGAAUCAGCCAACUAAAGCGUUUUUUUGGUCUGAUUCAAUGAUAACGUUACACUGGAUUCAUCAGCCACCGUCGAAAUUCAACAUCUACGUGGCAAAUCGAGUCGCUGAGGUGCAGCGGCUGACUGUUGGUGGUUCUUGGAAUCACAUUGCCGGUUUCGAGAACCCAGCCGAUAUUAUUUCGAGAGGUGCUACCCCCCAAGAACUAUCUGGUAACACAUUGUGGUGGGAAGGCCCACCAUGGUUAAAAUUGGAAUCGACGAACUGGCCACGUCGGUUCACUGUUAUGGAUUCGUCUCACGUAAAGCCAGAAGAUUUGGAGGAGAAGGUACAACAAAAACCAUCUCUUGCCGCCGUGACAACUGACACUUACCCGGAGUUAUGCGAAUAUUAUUCUUCGUUCGCAAAACUGGUUCGCAUUUCUGCAAUUUGUCGACGGUUCGCUCAACGAUGCCGAAGGCAAGAACGAGAUUUUCCACCAUACCUUCUUGCUAGUGAGUACCGAGCGGCGCUGAUGGGACUGGUAAAAUCGGCGCAACAACAAAGUUUUCCUCGUGAAUUAGCUCUUGUCGAAGCUGGUAAGAAGUCCGAUUUGAGAUCGUCACCAUUACGACGACUAAAUCCAAUCAUCGACCAAGGUAUUCUCCGAGUCGGAGGCCGACUCAAUUUAUCAAAUCUUUCCCAUGAUAGGAAGCACCAAAUUAUACUUCCUUCCAACCAUAAGUUGACGAUUCUGCUUGUUGAAUCAACCCACCAAGAUUUACUACAUGCUGGUCCUAGUUUAAUGAUUGCUAAUAUACGAGAACGCUUCUGGCCGCUGGAUUUGCGCAGAUUAGCACGAAGGACGGUACGCAACUGUGUAACAUGUUUUCGAGUGAAUCCAACGGUGGAAAUUCAACUAAUGGGCCAAUUGCCACGGGUUCGCAUCACUCCAGCUCGCGCCUUUCUCAACACUGGUGUUGACUUCUGCGGGCCAGUACUAAUCAAGCUUCCUGUCAGGAGAGGAAAACCUUUCCCCCCGCUGAAGGCAUAUAUUUGUGUCUUCGUGUGCAUGGCAACCAAAGCGAUGCACCUCGAACUUGUAGGUGAUCUUAUCACCGACGGGUUUAUUGCUGCUCUAAAACGAUUUGUAGGCCGCCGAGGCCUACCCAUCAGCCUGUAUUGUGACAACACCACGAAUUUCACCGGAGACAAUCGUGAACUGCGUUCACUCCUAUCCCAGUUCAUGGACCAACAACACACCAGAAAGGUUGCAUCAUUUUGUGCAGAAAUUUCUAUUCAAUUUCACUUUAUCCCCGCUAGAGCACCAUCCUUCGGCGGGCUAUGGGAAGCCGCCGUACGCGCCGUCAAGCAUCAUCUUCGCCGAGUCGUGGGUUUGGACGCCAUAACCGCAGAGGCCAUGCAAACGGUACUCUGCCAAAUCGAGGGAUGCCUUAAUUCUCGGCCGCUAACUGCUUGCUCGGAAGAUCCCGAUGAUCAACAAAUCCUGACCCCUGGCCACUUCCUAAUCGGCGAUGCACUGAAGGCUAUUCCGGAACCUGACCUGUGUGAUGUACCAACCAAUAGGCUCUCGCUGUGGCAAGCGAUGCAGCAUAAAGUUCAACGGUUUUGGAAGCUCUGGUCUACUGAUUACUUGAAUCAACUACAACAGCGCUCCAAAAACUACUUUCAAAAACCUAACGUCGUCGUGGGCAAGUUAGUGCUACUGAAAGAGGACAAUUUACCGCCGCUCAAGUGGAGCGUCGGGCGAGUCACCGCAGUGCACCCUGGCGCUGAUAACCUAGUGCGAGUCGUCGAUGUUAAGGUCCCUUCUGGUGCGGUAUACGACCGGCCGAUCUCAAAGAUCUGCCUGCUACCAAUCAACGACGCUGAAGAUGGUCCGUCGUCAAACAACGAAUGA